GGAAAUCAUAAGAUCACUCACAAGCUGUCACGCUUACAGACAUGAAGCGGUUGCUUUGGCUGCCUUUCCUGCUCAUCCACCUGGCCGGGACAGGAAACCCACAACAACUUGAGACAUGCUUGCAUCAGCCAAAAAACACGAUCUGGAAAAAAAUAGGAGAAGAAGCUUUUCUACGCUGUACGGUUAGGUCAAACUGUCCCCCAUGGCAGCUCGAAUGGUUUAUUGUUAAAGAAAGCUCUCAUCAGCAACUUUAUGUUACUAGUAGGCACAAUUUGAGUAAAAACACUUUACACAUCAAGUCACUUAAUGUCAACGACACCGGGACGUACCUCUGCGCUGCAAGCAUUGACCAAAUAGGACCCUUACUUACACCAGAAUGCUGCCUACCAUUUGUAGGAGAGGGGACGACUCUUAUUGUGGGAGAGAGACCUAAACUGAUGGCGUGGAAAAUUCUUCUGUGGUUGUCAUUUACCCUUUUGGCCAUUUAUAGCUUAGCUUUAGUGAUGCUCAUCAUUCUAAGGAAGCACGGCUGUAACCUGACCUCCAGCAAAACGACAUCUAAAACUGAAACGCAGAAUAGCUUAAGGAAGAAAACACAGUUCAGAGACGUACUGCAAGAGCUUCACAGCAGGGCGAACGUAAACAGAAGGAAGCAAAGCACAAGCAGAAAUGGUUCCCAAGUUGAGGCAGCAAGUGUGGACGGCAACCUCUCUACAGAAGAUAUCUACCAAAAUGUCUAAGGGUCAGCCCUGUUGAAUAAUAGCUUCAGUGGGAUAUUACAGAGCUGUGACACAUGUGUGACUGUUUUGUGACAGAAUGACAAAUAUGUCAGGUCACUGGUUGGGUUUUUGCACGUUUCCCAAUGAAACGAGACAUUAACUGCGCAAUAACGGUGCUCAGUCAGUCGCCUCAGCAAAGUCGUAUCGUCUCUCUUAACUGUUCCGUUUACACUUUCUGCUCUCACUAACUAGUCCAAGCAAGUUUAUUCCUUAUAACUAUUGUAACUGGGGACGUUUUUGCAGCGCAGAGGAUUAAUGUCAAAUAGUUGUUAGAAUUUUUCUUAAUCUUAGCACAGAUCCACAAGCUAAACAAGGCGUGCAUAUUUAUAUGAGUAAUAUGUGGUUUUAAACAGGAACAUGAGAGGAAAAAACAAAGGAGUAGGGUGCUGCUUCUAAGCUCUGACAGGCAUUGAUGAUGCUAAUAAUGUGCUAUUUUGUCAAACUACUUCCUGACACCAAAAAUACAUUUCCAAAACAUUUUAACAUUUCCGUGCAGCAGUCCUACACUAGGCUGAGUUUACCUACGUUUUGCAUUCAAGCAUCAAGAUUAUGUUGUGAGGUUGAUCUUUGAUUUGUGACACUUUUAAGUCGUGUCUCAUAUCUCAAAAAAUCAACACUCUAUUGCUAAAAGUAUUGGGUCGCUUGCCUAUUUGUGCAUGUAUUUGUGUGUUGCAAACACUUUAAUAUGAUGUUGGCUUAUCAGAUGCAGCUACAACAGCUUUAAUUCAACUGGUUUGGAGUAUGUUUAGAGGAAUUUACCAUUCUUUGAGAAGUGCAUAUAGGAUGAGGUCCAGCCACCCUUGGUACGGGUGUUGUUUGAAUAUGUGAGGAUCUCAGGCCACAUCCCAGAGUGGUGGGCUACCGUUCAGUGGCCUAAGGCUCCCGGGGGGUGACAGGCUGGCUAUGGCCCGCAGUUGCUACACUGGGCUCAGGUGGGCAUCCCUCCCGCUUAAUCUCUCAGCGGCUAGUUCAUCAGGAGGGAAAGUAGUGUGCCCUGCAUACCUUGGCCCAUCGCAGUCCCAGCUGCUGAGCUGAACUGGUGCCUGACGACGUGUCGGGGGCUUCGUGAGGUCUCCUGUGCCCGUUGCAUUCCUAUACGGUACUCCCACUCAACACAAACACACCCAUUUCUACUCAUAUUCACACCCACACGCAUACCCACAUACCAGCACUCAGAUAACCCAAAUGGUUCAAGGUCAUACAAAUGCAGGUUAUUACAGCAAUAUGGCUUACCAACUUUGAUGCUGUAUCAAAUCAGGAUUUAAUAAAGUUAAUCACAUAAUAAGGAUACAAUUUUGAGAUACCGUUUUAUAGAGAAAAACUGCUCUGGGACAUGUAAACAACCAGCUUAUUAAUAUGGAAUGCCUGAAAUGUCCCAACAGGGCAUGUGUGUAAAAAAAAUUUUAAUAAAAUAAACUACCAACAGACUCUAAUGCUGGGUUCAGACCGAAUGUGAUUUAAAAAAGGUGUCCAACACCUCAACUUGGGUGCUUGUGAUGAGCGUUUUUGACACCUUGAGCAAUGUGUGGACAGAUUUGUCUGAUUCGCGUUGGGAGGAGCUACCCUGUUCUUUUCCUUAAAUGCAGGGAAGUAUUUAUCGAUGACCCACUAUUCCGACUUCCUCAUCAAUCCACCUCCUGGCAAGGCCCUUUCUAGUACUGUCCCUGUAGUGAUAUCUCAACUGAUCAUAGACAAUAGGAUGAGUUUGACCUCCAUUGUCGACUUCAGUCUUUUCAGGAUCCUUCUGUCCUGUCGGAAAAUGCGCCACUACAUAACCUAGUAGAGUCUCUGAUUGAUUGACGCUUCGCAUACAGCUGCAAAAGUUUAGAUUUUCCAACUCUAGCAUCUGCCGCUUUGGACAUUUAUAUUUCAAUACGCGCUGCACCCAAUGGGUGAAUCACGCUACGGGACCUCUCAAUGCUCCUAGAUGUGCGUCCACCAAAGACUUUGCAUCUAAACCAGACGCCCAUGAUGCUCAAAUAGCAUUCGGUCUUAACGCAGCACAAGUGCCAUUCAGCAUGCUGAGGUGAGUAAUUCAUCAGUGAAGUAUGCUACAGCUUAAACCUAUAUGUUAUUUUAGGCAUCGGUUGAUUUCUCACUCGAUUUUAGUUUUAGUUCUGCUUUUUGUUUGUUAAUUAGGCCACUUUAGUUAGACUUAAUCGUUUGAACAUAAAGACCUCUGAACUCUAAGGAUGAACUAGAGUUUGCUGCAACAUAUAUAUAUAGACUUUGUUAGUCGGAUUUCACAAUUGAAAAUCGGGCUUUGUUUUUUUUAGCUAAAUCUAUUUAUCGAAAUAGUUCCUUAUAAAAUAAAAAAAACAAAUUUCUUUUAAAAGACAUAUGGU